AAAAUUUAUAUUUUGAUUUUUGAAUAUACAUUACAAGUAUAAUUAAUUUCAUAAAGAAAAUUAUUAGCAAAUGACUCAAAUUGAUACACAUAUUUUAUUACAUUUCGCACAGAUAUAACAAAUGUCCAUAUGAUAUUAUUUACCCUAAUAUUUGAUCUUCUCAUAAAAUCACUAAGAAAAUGUCAUAAUUCUUAUGAAAAUUUAAGUUUAAUAAAAAAUUACAAGUAAUUUCAAAUAUCUCUUAGUGCUAUUAUAAUGGUUAGUCUAUCUCACUGCCAUGCUUUAAAAGUACGAAUGCAAGUUUAAAAUGUGUGGUAACACUGCGUUUUUCUUAUUUGACAUUUCAUUUAUAUUCCCUGCUUUGCAUUACUCGACAAUUUUUGGUUAACCGUGAAUUUUGUGAUUUGUGAAAUUUAUUAUUAAAUCCGAAAAAUGACAAACAUUGUGGAAACUUCAGGACAGGACGUUGAAAUGGAGGUGGAACCAUCUAGUGAAAAUGCAGGAGACACGAAAAAAGAUCAAGGUGUCUCAACAAUAUUGGAAAUUCGUGAGCAAAUACGUCAGAUUGAGAGGGCCGUAGCAUCAAAGGAAUCUAGAUUCAUUUUAAGGGUGCUUCGUUCACUUCCCAAUACGCGUAGAAAGCUAAGCGCUGCUAUUUUCCGAAAUAUAGCUCAAUCAAUAUAUCCAGCCGGAACUGAUCGCGAAACUGCAAAUAGUUUGAUUCCGAAUACUCCAGCUGGAGUCAUAGAAACUGAAAUACCGAGAAGUCGUUCAGCCACAAAACCUCCAAUUGCUGAAGUAGAUGCAUACUUUUAUUUACUCUUGUUGGUUAAGCUAAUUGAUGAAGCAGAUAUAAAACGUGCAGUUGUGUGUUCCGAAGCACUAAUGUCCAAAAUUGCUGGGCAAAAUCGUCGCACUUUAGAUUUGAUUGGAGCAAAAUCUUAUUUUUACUACUCGCGAGUUAUUGAGCUUAACAACUGUUUAGAAACCAUAAGAGGAUUUCUUCAUGCUCGUCUGCGGACAGCUACAUUGAGAAAUGAUUUCGAAGGUCAAGCUGUACUAAUUAAUUGCUUACUACGGAAUUAUUUGCAUUAUUCACUUUACGAUCAGGCUGACAAAUUAGUAAAGAAGUCUGUAUUUCCGGUAUCAGCAAGUAACAAUGAAUGGGCACGAUUUUUAUAUUAUUUAGGCCGUAUAAAGGCAGCAAAGCUCGAAUAUAGUGAUGCUCAUAAGCAUUUGGUACAAGCGUUGAGAAAAGCUCCACAAAACGCGGCCGUUGGAUUUAGGCAAACCGUGCAAAAGUUGAUUAUAGUUGUCGAAUUGCUAUUGGGAAACAUACCAGAACGACAGAUUUUCCGACAGGCGGCAUUGCGUAAAUCUUUGGCACCGUAUUUUCAGCUUACACAAGCUGUACGUCUAGGUAAUCUCCAGCGAUUUGGUGAAGUGGUAAAAAACUUUGGACCGAAAUUUCAACAAGAUCAUACUUACACUCUGAUUAUUCGUCUAAGACACAAUGUUAUAAAAACUGCAAUUCGUUCAAUUGGACUUUCUUAUUCACGCAUAUCACCAAACGAUAUUGCAAAACGUUUAAUGCUUGAUUCAGCCGAAGAUGCUGAAUUUAUUGUGUCUAAAGCUAUUCGAGAUGGAGUUAUAGAAGCAACUCUAGAUCCAGAACAAAAUUACAUGAGAAGCAAGGAAAGUACAGAUGUAUAUAGUACACGCGAACCGCAGCUUGCUUUCCAUGAACGUAUCACAUUUUGUCUUGAUUUGCACAACCAAAGUGUAAAAGCUAUGCGCUAUCCACCGAAAUCAUAUGGUAAAGAUCUGGAGAGCGCCGAAGAGCGGCGUGAGCGUGAACAACAGGACUUAGAAUUGGCUAAAGAAAUGGCCGAAGACGAUGAAGAUGGUUUUUAAGAAGUUUGUUUUAAAAAAGUAUAUAAACCGAAAGCGUUGUCGCGCAACAAUUUAAAUAUAAUCCCAAAAUAAUUCUUAUAAAAAAUUGUGUUUCUCUUCCUGAAGUGAAAAAGGUCAGCAUAGACUAUGUAGUUUUUGUAGCGGUGGCAAAUAUGCCUCACAUGGUUUUGAGGAAUGCCAUAAGUUGACAGCCUUGGCCGGAAUUCGGGUUCGCUCCCCACUGUUGGGAGACUAGGUCAAUGUGUUGGGCUCUAAAAAAUUUCUAAUUAAUGUACAUAUAAGAAUUCCAGGAGGUUUUCCUAAUUUCCAGUCUCGAUUAAUAACGAAAACUUCUCAAUCCGUUUCUUUUUGAGUAGUUUUCCUUGCGAACUAAUUACACAAAAUUAUAUAGAUAUUUAAAAGAUAUGCCGCCAGUAAUGGAAAAUGUAAACGAUUUUAUAAAUCAAUGUGAAAAACAACGAAAUAAAUAAAAUUUAUUAAACACAUACAUACUUCUAUAUAUAAUAUUUGCGAUGUUUAUGUACUUCUGGGACAUUAGCAUUUCCUAAAGUAAAACUGGUUGAGAAAAAUUACUCAAUCUUUUUUGACAAAUUUUUAAAUAUAAAUUUGUAUAAAGUAUAAAUUCUAAUUUUUUGAGACGUCAGGCUAGCAAUAGAAAUUCUUGAUGGAAUAAGAGAUAGCUGAAAAGAAAAAAAUUGCGGGGCAGCCAUUUUUUGUAAACAAAAAACUGUCAGGCAGACAUCUUUUGUAAACAAGAAUAUUGUCAGAAAACGCAUUUUUAAAUAUAAGAACUGUCAAACAUAUUUUCGGCAAAAUGAUAAGAUUUAUUGGUAUCUUCUUUGUGCUAUGCACACAAUUUAAUAUGUUUUGCAGUAUGUAUUUUAAGAAAUUUUAAAUUUAAAAAUCUUAUUAUAAAUAAAUAAUAUAUUUCUUACGUUAAUUUAAACAACAUUUUUUUCAAAAGUCCUGGCAAUAUUGUGCGUUCUUUGUUGUCGGUGUGCGGUAACACUGUUUUUACUUGUCGUGAAUGAAAUUGACUAUACAUUUGGUUAUUGUGUUUCAAAGUAAUUUAAUAUAAAGAAACGAUUCUAUAAAUAUUUAAAAAGUGAAAGCAUUAGUAGCAAGGUUAUAUAUGCCGUUUUGCAUUGGCAAAUGUGUUGAAUUUUCUUUUCGUUGUUAUAGCGAGAAGAUAUUACAAAUCUGCACAACGUAAGAAAAGUUUAAAGGAAAAGAAAGAUAAACCAUAAGUAAAGUGACGGCAGCGACGACUAUCAACAGCACAAGCAAAUCAAAAAGAAUAUUGUGCAAAAUAACGAGCUGCAAGGCCCAGUAUAGCUCAACGAGUAACGAGUUGCCACCGUAGAAUCAAGUGCCAAUGUGUGGUGCGACCUUCUGGCCUCGGGCUAUCUUAAGCCAAAUAUUGAAAUUAAAAAAUUGUGCUUAAAGUAUAAAAUCUAGUUUAUUAACAAUAGCAAAAAAUAAUAUUUGGUUGAGUUGGCUGAUCUAAACGCUGUCGGAGGCAGCAUUGCAACAACGCGCCUCUAGAUUAAGUGUAGGAUUGCAGUGUAUUGCAACUACACAAAUAUACAUCAAAAAGACGAAUUUUGUAAGAAAAAGGAGAAAAGAGAACGUUGUAACAGAUUUUCACUUGGUUGAUGCGCGACAGUAAAUGUAUCAGCGGAAAUGAUUUGUAAAAAGGACGUUAUCCAAUGGUUUAAAGAACUCGAGAGUUAUAAAAGGAUCGACACGAUGUGUACUUUGCUUAACAUGUGUUUACCGUUUGAGUUGCGGUUCUUAGGCACAUGCCUGGAAGAGUUGGGCCGGCGAGAUUCGCAAGAGUUACGUGGCAUGGAAUUGAGAGUGAAUAAUCCCCAAGAUUUGGCAUCUGAUAUGGUUGCAUGUCAGAAAGG